AUGUGAUUCACCGUAUAAUGUGUCUAUCAUCUGUUUGGUGGUAUGUGACGUUUAAUUGGACGUUCUUCAAAUAAGGGAGCAGAAACCUGUCAUCGUUCAAGUUAGUGAGAAUCAACACAGGCCUUAAUCACAACCAAUAUCAGCUGUGGUGGAGUGCAGCAACAAUAAGCCAAAGCAUUUUGUUAUGGGCCCCAGAUGUGUGGACACAUUCCAAAAGCCUGCAAGCAUAUGGAAGGUCGUUUUCUUUGAUGUCUCGAGAUCUUCCCAAAGAGAGGAAGAUUUGAAAAGAGAGAGAAGGUUUGGAUGUCUACUGUAAGAGGAGCAGAGGAUUCCUGAUGGUGAACACAUGAAAUGGAUUUGGAGUUGAAGGGAGGGGACAUUUGGGAGCAGCUGCCAAACCACCAACAAUAAAUCAGUUCAAUCUGGUCCACUACCCAACCCUUCUGGUCUUGGACACAUGGGUUCCUCUACUACACGACAAAAGUUGUGGUAUUCAUUGGGUACUUUUCAAAAAAGAGUUGUUUGGGGAUAAAAUCAGUGCAGGGUUGAGAUUUUGAGAAGCAUUCAAACCAGGCACUGUAUCAUGGUGAGCCAAAGCCUGUAAAAUUGAGACAGCACAGGCCAAGCCAAGAGGAUUAAUUUCUUUCCCCUGCUGGUGGAACACCCCUGCUCCAGUAAAUGUUUCAAUAAACAGUGAGAUUGCCUUUUGGUCUCAGAAAAGGGAGUUAUUAUACCCCAUCUGCUCUGGCACAUCUUUCAACCUUUGAUCAGAUGGGUACAUUGGAUUUUCACCUGAUGAUUUGAUGUAACUUGGUGCUUGCUAAAAAAAGGUAGGUGUAGCAUGGGAGAAUCCCAUCCCCUUCCAUUGAGGACCAAACAAAAUUGUAAGCUGACUGCUAGAUUCUCCGUUUCUAUUUCUUCUGUCACCCAUUAAUAACAUUUGUAUGUCCUAGCUCCAGGGUGAUUUGAAUCGUUAGGGAUGCUUAUUUAAUUCUUCUAUCUUCCUCUCCCUCCUUCAUUUAAGCCACUCCCACACCUCACAUCAUCUCCCCUCCACUUUGAAUUCUGUCAUCCAUUUUCUUUUCAGAGCUGGAGGUCCAAUGGCCUGUCUUUCCAAAUCACCUUCAGCCCAAGGAAGGCGGCUGUUUGAGCUGCUAGAAGAGCAGCAGGAGCCUUUCCUGCUCCACGUUUACCUUCUAGAGAAUGGGUAUUCUAAUAGGAUCCCGAAGUCGCAGGCUACAAGCAUGUGUUGGCCUGGUAGUGCAUUCCAAAGGCUGCAAAGGCUUGGCAGUCAUGGUCUCAAGAGGAGAUGUGGGUUCCUUAGAUGUAUGCUCACCAAGGUUUUGUAUGGGAAGGCUGUUAAGAAGGCCUUGGAUUGGGACAGUAAGGCGCCUGAGAAUGGAAGAUUGAGUUUCUUUGACUGCUUCACAGAAAUGGAGAUUAUGAACCAUGACGUAGAACCUGGUGGUAGCUUCUCAUGUCCUAGAGGCAGUGGCAGUGCCAGAGAAUUGGAUGGAGAGAGUCAAUGGAAAUGCAUGGAGACGGUGGAGGACUUGGAGCAGCACAGUCCUGUUUCAGUGCUAGAGCUGCGUUCUUGUGAAGGCUCCCCAGUUCACAGUCACAAUAAAGAAGAGAACAAAUCAACUUCGAGUCUUGAUUCUCCUAUGGAAGCUUUAGACAUGUUCAAAGAGCUUCUUGAAGCUGCUUAUUCUCCUGCCUUCAAUCAGUUUACUAAAUCAAAGACAAUGCUGCAUCAACCAGAGCAGCUUCUGCUGGAUUGCGUGAGAGAGGUGGAAGAAAAUAUUUGUACUUCCUAUGAGUAUUUGAGCCCUGAAAUGACCAAAAAAAUCAUCAGUGAGGAGAUCCUUUCAUGGGAGAUGCAAAAAGGAGAUUUGACGAGGAUAAGCAAGUUGAUAUUUUCAGAUGUAUCCAACUCAAUGCGGGAGUGGAAUCGCUUUCGGUCUCAGAUGAGAGAGAUUGUUAUUGAAAUAGAAGCUGCCAUUUUUGAAGAAGUCAGGGAAGAAAUUGUCUUGAAUUUGCUAGACUUGUACAUAUGAAAAGUUUUGACUCUAUAUAUAAAAUAGAACUAUUUUUCC